CACAGUCAAUCGGUCAGCCUUGCGAGCCAGCCAUCCUGUGGGAGUUGAAUUUCAUCUUCGAUUAAAGGAGGUUCUAUCUUGUCUUUUCUUAUUUGUACUCUUCUCUUUGCUUGCUGUGCUGCCUUUCGGUUGGUGGUUGCUAUUCUUAUUUAUCAUAAUUUUUUGUCCCAGUAUAAGAAAGGAUAAAGCAAGAUGGUCUUCGCUUCUCUUGGACGGGUCCUGGCGAUCACGGCCUUGGUAGGGCUGGGUGCUGCUGCUCCGGCGAAGUUGACUUCGAGAGAUGUCUCCGCCGACGUUCUGCAACAAUUGAACCUGUUCGCAGAGUACUCAGCCGCUUCAUACUGCACCUCGAACAUCGACUCCCCCGGCGACAAGCUAACUUGCUCGGCGGGCAACUGUCCAUUGGUCGAGAAAGCCGAGACGGAGACAUUGAGUGAAUUUUCCGGGAGCGACGAAUUCGGCGACGUAACCGGCUUCUUCGCCGUCGACUCGACCAACAAGCUCCUGGUCCUGGCCUUCCGCGGCUCCCGCAGCAUCGACAACUGGAUCGCCAACCUGGACUUCGGGCUCGACAAGGUCGAGGACCUCUGCGCGGGCUGCGAGGCGCACGGUGGCUUCUACAAGGCCUGGCAAGCCGUGGCCGACGACAUCACGGCCAGUGUCAAGUCCGCGACGGCGCAGUACAAGGGCUACAAGCUCGUGUUCACGGGUCAUAGCUUUGGUGCUGCGCUGGCAACGUUCGCGGCGACUGCGUUGCGAAACGACGGCUAUGAAAUCGACCUGUACUCCUACGGCUCUCCCCGUCUCGGCAACAAAGCCCUGGCUACAUACAUCACGGGCCAAGGCACCAACUACCGCGUCACGCACACAAACGACAUCGUUCCGCGUCUCCCUCCCUCGCUCUUUAACUUCACCCACUGGAGUCCCGAGUACUGGAUUACCAGCGCUAACGGUGUCACUGUCACCUCUGCGGAUAUUAAAGUCGUCGAGGGCGUGGGAUCGAGGGACGGUAAUGCCGGCGAAAAGAACCAGAGCGUGUUGGCGCAUUCCUGGUAUUUUAACUCAAUUUUCAAGUGUCUAUAGAUUUGAGGUUAUAGGUUGGGUGCUAAUAGUGUAUAUAUGCGGAUUUUGGUGACGCGUGGGGUGUCUGCUACGGUACUGAUUUAUAAUAUGCUGGAAUACGAAAUAUUUUAAUACGUGUACCUUGUCCUUUCGAGCUUUCACUGUUGCUUUGAUUCAAAGCCUAAAAAUGCUACGAGGUAUCAAGGCUAGAAUGUAG